CCCCUCCCCCCGGCUCCAGAGCCCGCGUCCAACUUCCCGACGGCGCGGCGCCUGGGAGCUCUGUCCGUCGGCCCUCUCGCCCUCCCGGGGCCCUCAUGGGAAAUCGGUGAAAUAGAUGAGGGAUUCCCCUUCCCCAUCCCCUCCCCAAAAACAUAAUAAUAAAUAACCUCCUCAUCCUCCUCCCCACACCACCACCACCUCCCCACCUGCCCCCCACACACCCCCCCGGUCACCUCUCGAGAAAGUUUGGCCAGCAAUGAUGGCUUAGCGGUGGCGAGCAGAGGGGGCCUGCGCGCUGGCGUUGAUGCCGUUGACUCGCAGAGCCAGCAGGAAGGCCAGUCGAGACGCGGACGAAGGAAGGAAGAGGAGGAGAAGGGAGAGGAGGGAGCCGUCCCACCACCUGCGCGGACGUGGGGAGGAGGAGGAGGAAGAGGGACUGCGACGACGACGGGCAUUAUGGCCGACCCUAUGAUGGAUCUCUUCGAAGAUGGCAACAUCUUCGACUCAGAGAGCCUGCCGGGGCUUGGCGCCGAGGCCUUCGCCGAUGGUGGAGGUGCUGCCGCCGACCCCCUAGAGCAGCAGCUGCAGAUGGAGCAAGGCUACGGUGGGAUGCAGCAGCAGCAGUCUCAACAGCAGCAGCAGCAGCAGCCUCAGCACAAGCUACACCACUACGAGCAGUAUGCGCAGUAUCAGUCGCCCAGAAAGUACCCGCAGCAGGGGGAGCAGGGCAACGGGAUCGCGGGGCCUCAGGGCCCGCAGUACCACCCCAACCCCCCCACCGGCCAGUACGGCCUGUGUCCACCCUACAUGGAUGCAGACCCUUUGUGGGGGGGGCAGGGCCCGGCCAGCGGGCCCCCUGCUCCUCCGCCAAACUCCAAUGCGUACCACCAGGUUGGACAUCCGCCGCCGACUAUGCAGACGCAGCAGCUUAGCUACAUGCAACCUCACCACGACUAUGCCUUACACCAGCAGCAGCAGCAGGGCCCAAUGCAGCCUCCCCAAGGUGGGCCUCAUCCGCCUGUGGGGCCGGGGCCACCGCCGCCACCCCCCCAGCAGAGGAUGAACCAGUACGGGCCGGACGGCCGCAACCCGUACAUGGGCGGCGUGGCGGUGCCGCACUCGCAUGGCAUGAUGCCGCCCCACCAGGCGUGUGGCCCACCGGCCUACAUGCAGGCCCCGGGGGCGCCGCCACCGCAGCAGCAGCAGUAUCCGGUCAGGGGUCAGACGAACAGCAUGCCUCCGCCACCCCCUAACCAUGGUGCGAGCAACUCAGGGCAGUUCCCUCACCCGUACCAGUACGCCACGCAGCCGCAGAGGCCUGCCAACCCGGGCGCAAUGGGCCACGACGGGCCGCCGGCGGGCCACGGCUUCGUAGGGGGCCCCGGGAGCCCCCAGUUCCUGCGGCACGCCCAAGGGGCCAUGAAUGUACACCCUCUGAACCCAAACCAAAUGAACCAAAUGUCGGCUAUGCAGAACACUGCGAAUCCUCAGAGCCAGCCACAGUCGCAGCACACUCAGGGAAACUUCAGCGCGUCCCCCAUGAAGGGAGGAGGCCUAAGCCAGCAGCCACUGGGACCCGGCCAGCAACCGAGCGGAUUUCCCGUUAUGCAGCAGCAGUCUCAACAGGUGACAAUGGUGGGCACCGCUGGGCCUCAGCCUGCCUCCAGCGGCGGUGGCAUGGUGGCGCUGUCGGGCCAGCGAUUUGUGCUAGCGCCGGCCCACUCGGGCCCACCUCAUCAGGGCCCACCUCACCAGGGCCCACCUCAUCCUGGGCCACCCCAUCAGGGACCUCCUCACCAGGGUCCCCACCCGGGACCUCACCAGGGUCCCCACCCAGGACCUCCUAACCAUGGCCCCCACCCGGGCCCUCCUCACCAAGGCCCCCACCCGGGCCCUCCUCACCAAGGCCCCCACCCGGGUCCUCCUCACCAAGGUCCCCACCCGGGCCCUCCUCACCAAGGCCCCCACCCGGGCCCUCCUCACCAAGGCCCCCAUCCGGGUCCUCCUCACCAAGGUCCCCACCCGGGCCCUCCUCACCAGGGUCCGCCUCACCAGGGACCCCCCCAUCAUGGGCCUCCUCACCCAGGUCCACCUCACCCAGGACCUCCUCACCCAGGACCUCCUCACCCAGGACCACCUCACCCAGGACCACCUCACCAGAGUCCUCACCAGGGAUCCCCUCACCAAGGGCCACCUCAUUCGGGCAUGACUCACCAAGGCCCACCUCACCCAGGAUCUCCACAUCCAGGACCUCAUCCAGGUCCUCAUCAGAGUCCUCACCAUGGACCCACUCACCUUGGUCCUCCUCACCAGGGUUCCCCUCACCCGGGACCGCCUCAUCAUGGCCCACCUCAUCAGGGUCCUCACCUGGGACCUCCACAUCAUGGCCCACCUCACCAGGGGCCUCUACACCCUGGGCCACCUCACCCCGGCCCCCCUCACCAGGGACCCCUCCACCAGAUGUCACCUCAUCAGAUGUCACCUCACCAGAUGUCUCCACACCAGAUGUCACCUCACCCUGGCCUACCACACCCGGGGCCACCUCACCCGGGCCCACCUCACCCGGGCCCCCACCACCAGGGUCCCCACCACCAGGUGCCACCUCACCAGAUGCCACCUCACCCAGGCAUGUCUCACCAGGGCCCUCUGCAUCAGGAUCCCUACCACACAGGCCCACCCCACCAGGGACCCCCUCACAUGGGGCCCCUCCACCCGCACAUGGGCCCCCACCACCAGGGGCCCCCCAUGCAGGGCCUACCCCACCCGGGCUUGGGGGCAGCGCCGUCUUCGGCGGGGCCCGUCAACCAGCAGCAGCAGCCGCCCCCCAUGCAGAUCAAGCUCCAGAUAAAGCUGCAGCCUAAACAAGGCCCUCCAAGCACGCAGGUCCUACAGAUGGUCCCACUAAGCCACCAGGAGCCCGUCGCCACCCAACCCGACACGACCACGCUGAAGCCCGGCCGCAAGGGCAAGCGCAAGCGCGUGUCCCAGGACGACGGCGGCGGCGGUGGCGAUGCCGACCCCAACGGGCAGGGCCAGGGCAAGGCCAAGGGCGGCCGGGGCCCGGGCAAGGCCAAGGGCCCCGGCCGCAAGAAGCAGUCGCAGGAGAAGGCAAGCGACAAGGCCAGCCGCAUCGUCGCGGAGGCCAUCGCGAAGGCGCGGGCGCGGGGGGAGACCGACAUCCCCCGCGUGCUGGCGCCGGCCGAGAUGCACGACGGGCGUCCGCCGGGGGAGCCGGCGGGGCCCGACGCCGGCGGCGACCUCGACACCGCGCCGCCGCAGGCCAAGAGGCCCAAGAAGAAGGCCGCGGCCGGCGUCGCUGCCCCCCCCAAGGAGCCCAAGGCCCCCAAGGAGCCCAAGAAGCCCAAGGAGCCGAAGAAACCCAAGGAGCCCAAGGAGAAGAAGGAGAGGAAGCCCAAGCCGGCCGCCUCGACGACGCAGUCCAAAGCGAAGGGCGGCAAGAAGAACAGCAAACCUCCGGUGUCGCCCGCCUCGCUGAAGAAGAGCAAGAAGAGGAAAGGGGGGGAGCUCUCGCCGGACCACUCGGACAUGGAGCGCACGCCGCCUCCCUCUCCGCCCGAGGAGGAGAGCCUGAUCGAGAAGCGGCGCUCGAACCGGCACGUGAAGCGCAAGCGCUACACUGAGGACCUGGAGAUGAAGCUAACCGACGACGAUGAUGGCGACGACGACGAGGAGGUGGACGUGACGGGGACCGGCGCCAGCCCGGUCGGCCGCUCGGCCCAGCACGGCGCGGAACACCUGGGCGAGGAGGAGGCGGCGGUCGUUGACAAGAUCCUGGCGAUAAGGACGACCCGGAACGAGCUGCCUUCCGGCGAGGGUUCUGUCGAUGUUGAGGAAUUCUACGUCAAGUACAAGAACUACUCGUACCUGCACUGCGAGUGGGCCACCGUGCCGCACCUGGAGCGGGACAAGCGUGUCCACCAGAAGAUCAAGCGCUACAAGGCCAAGCAGGCGCUGCUCAACAACUUCUUUGCCGAGAUGGACGACGAGCCGUUUAACCCCGACUACGUGGAGGUGGACAGGAUCCUCGAGGUGUCUCACUGCACCGACAAGGACAGCGGGGAGCCGGUGACGUACUUCCUGGUGAAGUGGUGUUCCCUGCCGUACGAGGAGAGCACCUGGGAGCUUCGGGAGGACGUCGACGCCACCAAAAUCACUGAGUUCGAGCAACUACGCACCUGCAAACUGGACACCACCAGAAUGGAGCGGCCGCCGGCCAACGAGUGGGUGAAGCUGGAGCGCUCGCGCGACUACAAGAACGGCAACCAGCUGCGCGAGUACCAGCUGGAGGGCCUCAACUGGCUGCUCUUCAACUGGUACCAAAAGCAAAACUGCAUCCUGGCGGACGAGAUGGGGCUGGGAAAGACGAUCCAGUCGAUCACCUUCCUGCAGGAGAUGGUGUACGUGGGCAUCCGUCGGCCGUUCCUCAUCAUCGCGCCGCUCUCCACCAUCGCUAACUGGGAGCGGGAGUUCCGCACGUGGACCGACCUGAACGCCAUCGUGUACCACGGCAGCCUGGCGAGUCGCCAAAUCAUCCAGCAGUACGAGAUGCACCACCGCGACGAGCAGGGCCGCGCGAUCCCCUGCGCAUACAAGUUCGACGCCAUCAUCACGACCUUCGAGAUGAUCCUCACCGACUGCCCCGAGCUGCGCGACAUCGGCUGGCGCUGCGUCAUCAUCGACGAGGCGCACCGCCUCAAGAACCGCAACUGCAAGCUCCUCGAGGGGCUCAAGCAGCUCAACCUGGAGCACAAGGUGCUUCUGACGGGGACGCCGCUGCAGAACACCGUGGAGGAGCUCUUCAGCCUGCUCAACUUCCUGGAGCCGGCGCGCUUCCCGUCGGAGCCGGCGUUCCUCGAGGAGUACGGCGACCUCAAGACGGAGGAGCAGGUGCAGAAGCUGCAGGCCAUCCUGAAGCCCAUGAUGCUGCGGCGUCUCAAGGAGGACGUGGAGAAGAAUCUGGCGCCCAAGGAGGAGACGAUCGUCGAGGUGGAGCUCACCAACAUCCAGAAGAAGUAUUACCGCGCCAUCCUGGAGCGCAACUUCUCCUUCCUGGCCAAGGGCGCGUCGGGCGGCCAGGCCAACCUGCCCAACCUCAUGAACACCAUGAUGGAGCUGCGCAAGUGCUGCAACCACCCGUACCUCAUCAACGGUGCGGAGGAGAAGAUUCUGGAGGAUUUCCGCGAGUCGCACGGGGUGGACGCCAUGGACUUCCACCUGCAGGCCAUGAUCCAGGCGGCCGGCAAGCUGGUGCUGAUCGACAAACUCCUGCCCAAACUCAAGGCCGGCGGGCACAAGGUGCUCGUCUUCUCGCAGAUGGUGCGCUGCCUCGACAUCCUCGAAGACUACCUCAUCAAUCGCCGGUACCCGUACGAGCGGAUCGACGGGCGCGUGCGCGGGAACCUGCGGCAGGCGGCCAUCGACCGCUUCUGCAAGCCGGACUCGGACCGCUUCGUCUUCCUGCUGUGCACACGCGCCGGCGGGCUCGGCAUCAACCUCACGGCCGCCGACACCUGCAUCAUCUUCGAUUCGGACUGGAACCCGCAGAACGACCUGCAGGCCCAGGCGCGGUGCCACCGCAUCGGACAGAGCAAGGCGGUGAAGGUUUACCGGCUCAUCACUCGCAACUCGUACGAGCGCGAGAUGUUCGACAAGGCGAGCCUCAAGCUGGGCCUCGACAAGGCCGUGCUGCAGUCCAUGAGCGGCCGGGAGAACGCCACCAACGGGGUGCAGCAGAUGUCCAAGAAGGAGAUCGAGGACCUGCUGAGGAAGGGCGCUUACGGGGCCAUCAUGGACGAGGAGGACGAGAGCUCCAAGUUCUGCGAGGAGGACAUCGACCAGAUCCUGCAGCGCCGCACGCACACCAUCACCAUCGAGACGGAGGGCAAGGGCUCCACCUUCGCUAAGGCGAGCUUCGUGGCAUCGGGGAAUCGGGACGACAUCUCUCUGGACGACCCCAACUUCUGGGCCAAGUGGGCAAAGAAAGCGGAAGUCGACCCGGACGCAUUCAGCCGCAGGAACACGUUGGUGAUCGACACACCGCGCGUGCGCAAGCAGACGCGGCACUACGACGCGGUGAAGGGCGAGGAUUUGGACUUCUCGGAGGGCGACAGCGACGACGAGCGGGCGACACCACGCACGCGCCGCAGCCACGACCGCGCCGCGGGAUACGCGCGCACCGAGUGCUUCCGCGUCGAGAAGAACCUCCUCAUCUACGGCUGGGGCCGGUGGACCGACAUCUUGUCGUACGGGCGCUUCAAGCGCCGGCUGGCGGAGGGCGACGUGGAGGCCAUCUGCCGCUCGCUGGUAGUGUACUGCCUGCAGCACUACCGCGGCGACGAGAAGAUCAAGGCCUUCAUCUGGGACCUCAUCACUCCCACGGCCGACGGGCAGACACGCACACUGCAGAACCAUUCGGGCCUGUCGGCGCCGGUGCCGCGUGGCCGCAAGGGCAAGAAGGUCAAGGCCCAGAGCGGCCUGCCUGACCUGGAGAAGGCCGACUGGCUGACCAAGAGCAACCCGGAGGUCAUCCUGCAGGACGAAGGCUACAAGAAGCACCUCAAGCAACAGUGCAACAAGGUGUUGCUGCGGGUGCGCAUGCUCUACUACCUGCGGCAGGAGGUGAUCGGGGACCAGGCCGAGCGAGUGCUGCAGGGGUGCGACUCCAGCGAGAUCGACGUGUGGAUCCCAGAUCUCGAUCAGGGCGACCGUCCGGCCAGCUGGUGGAACUCAACGGCCGACAAAUCCCUGCUCAUCGGGGUCUUCAAGCACGGCUAUGAGCGGUACAACUCGAUGCGCGCGGACCCGACGCUCUGCUUCCUGGAGAAGGUCGGCAUGCCCGACCAGCAGGCCUUCGCCGCCGAGCAACGCGGGGGUGAUCUGGGCGACGGCGGAGAGUUUGAGCGCGACGAGGGUGAGGAUCCGGAGUACAAGCCGGCGCGCGCCGCCUUCCGGGACGACAUCGACAUCGAGGACGACUUCCUGUCGUCGUCGGACCUCAAGAUGACGAUCUCCGACGACGCCGGCGGGGUCGGCGGCAGCUCGUGCGGCGACGGCAGCGGGCGGCCGGGCUGGCCGUCGGGCUCGGCGCUCACCACGCGCCUGCGCCGCAUCGUCACGGCGUACCAGCGCUGCUACAAGCAGCAGCAGCAGCGGCUGCUGGCGGCGGCCAAGCCCGACCGCAGGCGGCGCCGCCGCAACGAGGAGCUCAUCCAGGCUCGCGAGGCCGCCAAGACGGAGCGCCGGCAGAGGUGGACGCGCCGCGAGGAGACGGAUUUCUACCGCGUGGUGUCAACGUUCGGCGUGGAGUACGACCCCGAGCGGCAGCAGUUCGACUGGUCGCGCUUCCGCGCCUACGCGCGGCUCGACAAGAAGACGGACGAGAGCCUCACCAAGUACCUGCUGGCCUUCCUCGCCAUGUGCCGCCGCGUGUGCCGCAUGCUGCCGCACGAGAGCGACCGCCUCGUGGACCCGUCGCUGCUGCUGGCCCCCAUCACGGAGGAGCGCGCGUCGCGCACCCUCUACCGUAUCCAGCUGCUGCGCAAGGUGCGCGAGCAGGUGCUGCGCCACCCGCAGCUGGAGGAGCGCCUGCUGCUGUGCGCCCCCUCCUACGACCUCCCCGAUUGGUGGGAGUGCGGGCGGCACGACCGCGAGCUGCUCAUCGGCGCCGCCCGCCACGGGGUCAGCCGCACCGACUACCACAUCCUGUGUGACGCCACGCUGCCCUUCCGCGAGGCGCAGCAGAGGUACAUCCAGUGCCAGACGUCCUCCUCCAGCACCAACAACGCCAACGCGCUGGCGCUGCUGCGGCACCAACACCACCACCGUGCCGCAGCCUCCCCGGUGGGGGGGGACCCCCCCGACGAAACCGCUAAUGGGGCGACGGUGGCAGCGGUGGCGGUGGCUGGGCCGGACGGAGGGGCGGGGGGUCCCGACGAAGGGCCGGAGGAGGUCCCCGACGGGGCGGCGCCGGCCUCGGCCGAGGAAGAGAAGGACGGCGCCGUUGCCGCCGAGGAGCCGACGCCGGCGGAGGUGAAGUCCGAGUCGAGCGAGGAGAGAGCGGAGAGAGCGGAGAGAGCGGAGAGAGCGGAGAACGUCGGAGAGGCCGUGGUGGACGUGAAGUCGGAGCCAUUGGCCGUGGUGGACGCAGGCGUCGAGGAGCCGUCGGCGCCGCCGCCCGCGGAUGAGGUGGAGGAGCCGAGGCCUGCCCUGAAACUCGACGGCACCGAAACGAAACCGGACUCCGGGGCCGUCGCCGCAGAGCCCGACGCGCCAACGAAGCAGGAAGCGGCGGUGAAGCCAGAAGUGCCCACGAAGCAGGAGGACGACGAGCCGGCGGUGACGAAGCAGGAGGAGGACGUGCCUGUGAAGAAGCAGGAGGAGGACGUGCCUGUGAAGAAGCAGGAGGAGGUCGAGCCGGUGAAGAAGCAGGAGGAGGAAGCGUUGGGGAAGCAGGAGGAGGAAGCGUUAGGCAAGCGGGUGGAGGAAGCUUUGGGGAAGCAGGAGGAGGAAGCGUUGGGGAAGCAGGAGGAGGAAGCGUUGGGGAAGCAGGAGGAGGAAGCGUUGGGGAAGCAGGAGGAGGAGGUGCUUGCCAAGGUGAAGCAGGAAGUGCCGGUCAAGGUGGAGGUGGUGGUGGAGGAGAGCAGGACAGCGGAGGUGAAGGAGGAGCAGGAGGAGGCGGCGCGUCGCGAGGAGGCGCGCAGGAAGAGCAGUGAGGACGGCGAGGAGGACGACGAGGAGACGGACAGCGACGACGAGGAGAAGUCCGACUUCGAGUUGAAGGCUCGCGGCGUGACCGGGUCGUUGCGACCCCGGGCGUUCGCCGACGAGAGCAACGCGUCGUUCGGGCGCGGGGACGACACGCUGGACGACUCGGUGCGCGAGGAGGGGGAGUUGUGCCCGCCCGGAUACCCCGACCCCCACCAGCCCAUCUACACCUUCUCCUACUGGCCCAAGGACCGCGUGAUGAUCAACCGCAUCGACCAGAUCUGCUACACGGUGCUUCGGGGCAAGUGGCCGUCGGCACGGCGACUGGUGCUGGAGGUGGUGGCCUCGACGAGCGCGGUUGCUGCGGUUCCCGCGGCAACGCCGGUGCCAGCACCAGCAGCGCCCCCGGUGGCGACCUUUACCCCCAGUGGCACGGACAGCCCGUUGGCCAACGACUCGCCGGCUCUGAGCAUCUCCGAGGAGACGGGCGCUCCAUCUCCGCAGCUCGCCAAGGACGACGGCCUCAAGCUCCCCUUCCACAAGCAGCGGCGCAAACGGCGCAAGAAGGCAGAGAUCGAGGCAGAGCAGGUGGCCAAGCGGCGCAGCCUCAUGGACCUCAUGGCGCAGGCCAUGGACCCCACCAAGGCGCCGCCGGUGGCCCCGGCGGCGGCGGCGGCGGCUGCCCCGGCGACGCUCGGCCUCCCGGACGAGCUGUGGCAAGACUCGGCCGUCGACCUCUCGUUCUUCGCCGCCGAGAGCGGCUCGGGUUCCGUCGGCGCGGAGGGCUCGGCGCCGGCGUCCAGGGGCAAUGCCGGCACGGCCGCCGUCCCCUCCCGGGGGGCCCCAGCCGAUGUGCUCAAGGCCCGCCUGGACGCGGUGCUGCAGGCGCGAGCGCUGGGCUCGGCCGGAUCGUCGGCGGCGGCGAGGGCCGGCCUCAACAACGGCGUUCUGACGGGCGGGGACGGCACUGCCGCGAGGGACGCGCUGGGGGCCGGCAGAGUCGUCCGCAAGCGCAGGGGCCGCAGGAAGAACGUGGAGGGGUUUGACAUUAGCCUCAUGACGAGCCACAAGCACGGCGGAGCGGACGACGCCGAUGGCGCCAAGCCGGUGGACGAGGCGGCGGCCACGGCGACGGCGGCGGCGGCUGUGACGGCCGCGGUGACGGCGGCGGCGAGCGUGCCCGUGGUGUCGGCGGCGGCGGCACCGGCCGAAAAUUCGGAGUCGCGAGUGCCGGUGGUGAGCCUGCAGGAUGGCACCCGCCUGGCGGGGCAUGACGCGCCAUCACGGCGCCAGCUGGAGGAGUUCCUCAGGCAGAACCCGGCGUACACUGUGGACAUGGCCAGCCUGCUGCCGAGCGCCAGCGGCCUCCUGGUGGACCCCCUCGACAAGCCGAAGAAGAAGCGCCACCGCUGCAAGAACCCGCACAAGCUGGACGUGCGCAGACUCACGGGGGAGGAGCGCGUGCCCGUCGUCAACCGCCGCUCCGCCAAGAAGAUGGGCGGUGCCAUGGCGCCCACGCUCAAGGAGCUGGCGCGGUGGCUGCAGGAGAACCCCGAGUUCGCCGUCCCCGACGACUGGGGCGAGGUCGUCAAGCAGUCAGGCUUCCUCCCCAACACCAUGUUCGGCCGCAUCCUCACGGGCCCCGUGGUGCCGGAGGAGGGCGCGCGCCGGCGCGGGCGCCGCCCCAAGGCCUCCGCGCUCCUCAAAGCCUCGACCAACUCCCUCGUGGGCGGCAGCGGCGGCGCUGGUGGUGGCGCCGGCGGCAACCUCCUUUCGGCGAGCACCGGCGACCUCGCAAACCUCGCAAACCUGCAAAGCCUGCACAGCCUGCAGCUCGCCAGCCUCAUGGGCUUCCCGACGGCGCUGGGCGGCGGCGCCGGCUCGUCCGACGACGUGAAGGCCGCGGCCGCCGCUGCGGCGAUGCUGCCCAUGAUGCUGCCGGGGUUGGGGCCCAUGUUCGGCCUCGGAGGGCUCCUCAACACGGCGCUGGCGUCCUCCGCCGGCGCCGACGCAAACGGAAAAGCGGACGGGGAGCAGGGGACUUCCUCUUCGGCGGCAGCCGCGGUGAUGGCGGCGUUGCUGAACGAUGGGAAAGACGGCGGCGUGGACGAAGACGGCGCGCCGGGCACCAGCGGCAGGUCGGCGGCCGCCACCGCCGCCGCCACGGCGGCAUUCAACAGCAACCUGCUGGCGUCCAUCAGCCCCUUCCUGCUGUCCCCGCAGCUGCUCUACCCCUCCAUGUUCCCACUGUCGGGCCUGGGCGUGACUCUGCCCGGCUUUGUGCAGCAGCAGCAAGAGCACCAGCAGCAGGAGGAAGAGCAGCAGCAACAGCUGCAGCAGCAGCAGUCGGGAAUCGCCGUGAGUUCGACGCCGAGUAGAGCCCGUUCGAGCGUGGGCAAGGGCGCCGGCAUGACGGGCAAAGCCAAGAAAAAGGCUGCGCUGAAGCAGGCGGCAGCGGAGCACCAGCAGCAGGAGCAGCAGCGGCAGGAGCAGGAGCGACAGAAACAGCAGCAGCAGCAGCAGCUGCUGAAAGUUGCGAAGAAGCAGGGGCGCGAGGAGAUGAAGGAGGCGAAAGCACUUGCGGCCGCACGGGCAGAAGAGGACGACGAUGACGACGAUGACGACGAUGAUGACGAUGACGACGACGAUGACGACGAUGACGACGACGACAACUCGUCAGACGACAGCAGUGGCGAGGAGGCGCUCAACAAGACGGGAUUGUCGUCGCUCACCGAGGACGACUCCACGUUGCUGGACGACUCCGACUCGGACGCCGGCGCCGAGUGAAGCGCCGUGUGCCCUAAGGAAUGGCGGGGGGGGCCGUGCGGACGUCGGCCCUUUGCCCUUUGCCCCCACCUUGUCGGAGCGGACCCGGUCGGUUGCUCGCUGCGGCGGUGGGGGGGGGGGGGGGUGGUUGCGGUUUAGCAGGAGCGGGAUUUAAUUUCGGCGACGCCACGGUGCGGCCGCCAGUUUUCCAGAAAAAAUGUAAACUUCAGGAAUCCUUUAUUUUUACUUUUUCCUUUUUUUUGUAAUGGACAAUGAUGGUCUUUCUCAUUUUUGUUUAUUACGUUCCCUCUGCGACUGCUCGGCACGUGUCUACCCGACCCAAAUCUCCCCCGCCCACUUCCCUCCGGGCAUCUCAGCUCUCCAACCCGUGCCCACCGCCCCCCCAGCAUUUGUCGACUGAAUAAUUGAACAAACCGGCAUCGAUUUGGACGCACCGACUUGCCAUUUCUUGGCUCCCGAGCGCCGUCACCGGACGCCGCCGCCGCCACCCACCGCCCUCCCGACCGCAGGAGCGAGCCAGGCGAGGGAACUUCACCGCACCCCGGCAAACGCAACGACGACGAUCGUUUUGGACGUGCGAAGGUUGCGGUGGCAGCGGCCGUGUGGUCAUUCGCCCGUGCCGCGAUUGUGCCGGUACCGGUGUGUGCGAGUGUGUACAGUGCGUGCGCGAGCGUGCGAGUGUGUGAAUGAGCGCAAACGUGCGCGCCGCGUAAGUGGCGAGUAAAUCCGGGUUUAAUCUUCCAACGGGCAUUGCUGACUUGAGCCGAGCGUGCGUGCUUGCCCGCCCGUUCACUUGCUCGCCCGUCGCUCCCCCCCCCCCGCGCUCGUCCCUUGCGUCACCCCGUGAGCGAGCGGAGGUGGACGCUCGGGUAAUGUGCGAGCGAGCGAACGUCGCGUGCGCACGCACGCCCUUUCCGCUCUCACCUCGAGUAUUCAGGUAUAUUUUUGUUUUAGUUUCUUAUUUUUGAUUUUGUAAUACUUCCUUGAGUCAAACACUGUUAAAAAAUAAUAAUAAUCACACGAGACACUAUCUUAUCACAGGUAAUAAAAGCGAUGACGGCAAAGUCGAUCGGCUGCGGAAAUAAGAAGAAAAAUAUAAAACCAAUGAACGAAAGGGGAGAGACGCAAACCUCUCUCCCGCGACCGCAGUACUCGCUUACGACGUGAAUGUGCAUGGGGCCGGCCACGUGCCUGCCUUUCCCUAACACUGAUUGUACGCGACUUGACUACAAUUCACCGACACGCCGCCGCCGCUGCUGCUGCAGCUGCAACAGCGGCGACAGCUGCAAGGAGGGUGAAAGUUUUUAAGUGAAACGGCCGAACGUGAAGGGGACUUUUUUUCUUCCCCAGCGAUCCCGCCAGCAGCAGAGCCUGGCGCGUGUCUGUGCGCAACUCGUUACUAACGUCGACAAGUGAUUUAAUAUUGUAAUAAGAAUAACAAUGAUGACGACGACGACGACAAUAAUGUUCAUAAUAAUGAGGGAAUCUGAGUCCCCCCCCCUCCCCCACCGUGUGACUUUGUUAGUUAUAGGCAAGUGGACACGAAUGUUGAUUUUUUUUUUAUUAGUUGAAAGUUUGUAAAUCGGCAUGAAGUUUUUGCAGUGUAGCCAAAACAAAUGGGAGAAGAGGAAAAAAAACACAACACACAAAAAAAGAUGUAAAACCUUUAAAAAAUAUAUAAAAACUGGCCCCUAGCGUGUUAAUGACGAUAGCUGUCUUUAGUUGACGUGCAUUAGGAUGACUUAGAGCGAAUGUAACGUAAAUCGGGGAGUUAUAUAUCAGCGCCUCGUUGAUUUCUCUAGUUAUUUUUAUUUGAAAUCGACCCGGCCGUGUGUAUUUUUUAAGUCGGACCAUCAGAAUGUGACUGUGGCCGCAGCAAUAACCCCGGCAGCUAUAAAUCGGGUUACCGGGUCACCGGGUCACUGGCGAUCGCUUCAGAGGGACUUUGACCCUCGGGUUGGGUGACCUUUUUAAACAGAACAACCCGUUCAACUUUUCACCACUGACAAAUAACGGAAAAAAAAAUCUGAAGUGAUGGAAUAACUCAUCAGGUAGCACUACUCAGAGAUCUCGCGAUUUGUUUCGUUAUUUUUUUAAUUUAGGUUUUAAUUAAUUUGUUUUGUUUUUUCUCAAAGAUGUAUUUUAAUAGAAUUACUCGCGGUGCACUGUGUUGACUAUUCAGGUACUCCUCCGUGCUCUGGCCCCACGGCCCCGCUGGUCUCCUCCAGGGUCCCGUUUCCCCGCGGGAAGGGGGCCGCAGUGUUGCGUAAGCGCGGGGUUGGGGUUGUCGGGGCCGGUUGUGUUAAGGGAGCCCCCCCCCCCCCCAUACAGAUUGGCGUAGUACAAAGAAAGAGCUCCCCCCCCCCCCUCCCCCACCUUGCUCCUCCGCCACAGGGAGAGUGUCGUACGCCUGACCACCUCCAGCUCGCCUAACCUCCGACCCCCUCUCACCUCCUCCUCCUCUCACUCCCUAUCUCCCGUCCCCUCCCCACAACCAAUAUCAUAUCCUCCGUGAUUAAAAGACGCUCUGGAAAGUAAGAGGCACCGCAAACUGGUGCCUGGUGGCAGUUAAGUUUUUUUUCAAAUCUGGUCUCUCUUGCACGCACACAGCUCCCGGGGAUUACAAGACUCAUCCCUUAGCUUUUAAGCUACUCUAUUUUGACGCAUGAUGGCAGCAAACAUGUUCAGGGGCUGAUUGUCGAGGUCUGCUAAGCCACGGUGAGAGGGCAACUUUAGCUUUAAAAUACAGAGAGGAGGAGGGGUGGGUGGGGGAGUGUGUCUUGCAAUCUGUAGACUACGUCCCCGCAGACUGGAGAUAAGACACAGAUGUCGUCGUCCUCUCCCCAGAGGCGCCCGUGGUAACGUGCAGUGCCGAUGGCCAGGCUCGUGCUCGGUAGAGCGGGAGCGGGGGGUGUCCACUGCUCCACCCUUACCCCUCACCUCUCACCCCCAUGCCUCCACCCCACGCCCCUGGAGCCCUUCUGAGUUUUGAGUGGCUGGGGUGGGGGUGGAGGGCGGUGGGACAGAAGGCAGAAUGGCCAGGAUCAACUCCUCUGGGGAGUUGGAGCUGAGUGCUGGUGAUGAUGAGUGUUUGAGGGUGAGUUUGGGGGCGGGUGAGUGGAGAGAGGAGGGGGUGGGGCACAGUGAUGAAUGAAUCUCUCACCAGCGUGUCCGGUAGUGUGAGUGUGAGUGAGCGCGAGUAUGAGCUAGUGUGUCGGUGAGCGCCCGCGCGCGUGUGUGCGCGCACAUUUGCUGUCUGUGUAUUGAAUGUGGUUUUGUGAGUGUGGGUAAUGCGUGUGAAUAAUUGAUUGUGUGUUAGGUGCGCAUUAACUGUAGGGCUGUUUAUCCUGCGACGGUGUGGCAGUGUGCGUUCAAUGUGCUCACGGUGAGACGUGUGGCCCGCGUGGUUGCGUCAGUGUUGGAACUGAGCGGCAUUAAUCAGUUUGUGGCAGCGGGCGAGUGUGAUUACGGGCGAGGUGUGGCCGCCUGGGGUGUGACUUCAAGUGUAGGGGAAGUAUAGAGGGGGAGAGGGGUGCUUGCCUGCAAGGCCGUCCUCCCAUACUCCCCAAGUUGCUCUCAAACACUCAACCCCUCCCACGUACGCCACCCUGACCCACUCGCCACACCAAUCCGGACUCGAACCUUAACGCCCUCACCACAUGGCUCCUACACCCUGGAGGAACAUCUGGCAAGACUGUAGCCUCCUUUUUGCCUUUCGGGACACGGCCCUGGUUAUUUAUUAUUACCUCAUGCUGAGCAGAUAUACGUAUAUUGAUUAAAAAAUAGAAAAAUACAAAAAAAGUACAAAAAUCUUGAAAAGACCGCCGCGUGCGUUUUACUGUGACGCGCGCCGGCCACGUGUAAAGGUGUACAUUGUAGCUGCUGUAAUCGCGUGUAGUGUGUAGCGACAUGUAAAGUACAGACCUCGAGGUAACCUCAUCAUCAUCGUCGUCAUCAUCCUCCGCGCGUUGCGCCACCGAUGUUACAAACGUGCUGAAUGUUGGAAGGAAAAAAACCACAGCGCACGCUCCGGUUGGGUUGACGUUUCCGUUUUUUGUUUUUAUUUGUUGGUUUUGUUGUUUCUCUCUCUAGGUGUGCGUUUGCAUUUGCUCCUCUGGAAUAUUUGUGUUUUUAUUUUCCUUCAAGCACAAGGUGACUGUUUCAGAGUUGUUGUUUCCGCAAGGCCGUGAAAGCAUCUCUCAAGAUUUCACAAAUAAUGUGGUGGGGACUGCUGCUGCUGGUAACAUGGCAAAUUCCGCUGUUCUGCCUGCUCCGCUCAUCGCAUCGUGCUUGUCACAAACCGACCAUGUAACACUACCAAACUCGCUGCAAUUUCAUUUGAAUCCCGCCAGACCUUACCUUCAACCCUCAAAACUCUGAAAAACCCUCAGCCUCAGCAAAACACCACAACCCCCACUAAUCCAACCAAAACCGCACCAUAACUCCACCAAUCCCACCGAAAUCCCAGUGUUAUCCCACCAUAACAAUCCAUUCCACCGAAACCCCACCAUAACCCUACCAAUCCCACCAUAAACCCUCACCAAUCCCACCAUAACCCUACCAAUCCCACCAUAACCCUACCAAUCCCACCAUAACCCUACCAAUCCCACCAUAAACCCUCACCAAUCCCACCGUAACCCCCACGACCCACGAAUAUCCCACCAGCUCGCUGUUACACUACCAAAUCUAUCCCAUCUCACAGGAGCCCAACUUGAUUGGCACUCCACCCAAACCCACUCGAAUCACCAGCAAAAUAUAUCCCCUUCUGACACUACCAAUUCCUCCGAGACUGCUCCUCCCAAUCCCUAAAAAGAACACCCCCGACCCCAGAAAACUCCGACCGCACCCCCCGCGCGUCAUCUCACUCGCGUUGCCGCCGCUGCUUCCUCGUGCGCCGCGCGCCAUCAUCGCUGCGUGUCGUGUGCGCGCGCGCGCGUGGUUUUUUUUUGCGUGCGUGUUCUCGUUGUGUUCGCGGACACGCUCUCGCUGUGUCCGCGAGUAACAGUCGCGGGGUCGUUUGUCCGUUAGCGGGCUUGCUUGUUGUUGCUGCUGCUGCUGCGGGCAGGCAACUCUGAUUCUCAACACAGCCGCGCCCGCGCUUUGUACAAAGCGAGAGAGAGCGGGGAGAGAUGAGAGUAAGAGUACUAAUCUGCGUGCUGCCCCCCAAACCCCCCCAUUGUGCCCCCCCUCUUCCCACUGUGCCCCCCCCCCCCACAUCCUCUGCUUAGCCCCGGAUUGGAAGCGGUGAGCGUGAAUUUCUGCACCCGCAGUUACUGCCCCUGUUGUUACCCCCCCUGCCCCCCCCCCACGUCUCGUGUGAAUUAUGUCACAAUGAAAUGCAGUCCGAUUUCCUCCUCAUGAUUGUUUGUAAUUUAUUCCUGAGUUGUAGAUCAGAAUUUGGGAGCCGAUAUUUUUAUUAAAACUCAUUCUUUUU